AUGGAUUACUACAGAAAAUACGCAGCUGUGUUUCUGGUCAUGUUGUCCAUGUUCCUGCAUAUUCUUCAUUCUCUUCCUGAUGGAGACUUGAUUAUUCACGAGAGUUAUCUGCAAAGCCUUUCUGGGGAAUCUCCUCCUUCUCUCUUUUGCUGGUUAGGUUGCCCAGAAUGUAAACUGAAAGAAAAUAAAUACUUCUCCAAGCUGGGCAACCCAGUGUAUCAGUGCAUGGGCUGCUGCUUCUCCAGGGCGUACCCCACUCCAGCGAGGUCCAAGAAGACAAUGCUGGUUCCAAAGAAUAUCACCUCGGAGGCCACAUGCUGUGUGGCCAAAUCAUUUACUAAGACCACAGUCUUGGGAUAUGCUAGAGUGGAGAACCACACGGAGUGCCACUGCAGUACUUGCUACUAUCACAAGGCUUAG